GCCAUAGUAGGAUUCGAAGCGUGCGUGUGCACACUGUGUUGUCCACCGUGUACCAGUCUGAGCGCAUUCGGAUCUCUGCACUUAGACCAGAGCCAUGGUUUGAGUUACAGUACCGGCGGUCCAUCCCAAUAUCAAAUGAUGUUCUUUUAACCAACAUGCGACGAACUGCUCUGUUCUUCUGACCUGAAAAAGACCCGAUUCCCCGGUCGGUCCGGAUUAAUUUUCUGCGCAUCAUUUGGACAGGCGUCUCUAGGAUGGAGCACAUCAGAACACCAAAGGUGGAAAAUGUGCGUAUGAUUGUGAGUCCCAGGAAAUCUACGGUGGGAACAUUAUACCUUUCCUCUACUCACACUAUAUUUGUAGAGAACUCAGAGGCCCUUAAAGAGACCUGGGUCCUGCACAGUUUGGUAUACAAUGUGGAGAGACUCCCAACAAACUCAUCAGGAAGUCCUCUUAUUAUCCGCUGUAAGAACUUCCAUGUUUACCGACUGCUGAUCCCACAGGAGAAGGACUGUUUAGAUGUGCUGGCCUGCCUCACCCGGCUUUCACGCCCAGAACACUACGGAGAGCUGUUUUGUUUCUCUUUUAACCCCAACCUGGAUAAAGAGUUAAGGGAAAAGGCAUGGGGCUUCAUCGACCUGAAGGCAGAAUUCAGUCGAAUGGGAAUACCCCGCAACCUCUGGCAGGUCACAGCAGCCAAUCAUGAGUACAGAUUGAGUGACACUUACCCAUCAGAGCUGUUUGUGCCAAAGUCAGCCUCCCCUGCUGUCAUUGUGGGCAGUGCCAAGUUCCGGAGUCGAGGGCGUCUUCCUGUUCUCUGUUACUUUCACAGAGACACCAGUGCAUCAAUUUGCCGGAGCAGUCAGCCUCUUUCUGGUUUCAGUGCACGCUCCUCAGAAGAUGAGCAGAUGCUGCAGGCCAUUAUGAAGUCAAACCCCCUCAGCGAGUUCAUGUAUGUGGUGGACACAAGGCCAAAGCUAAAUGCCAUGGCUAAUCGUGCAGCAGGGAAGGGCUAUGAAAAUGAAGACAAUUACACUAACAUAAAACUACAGUUCAUUGGCAUAGAAAACAUCCAUGUCAUGAGGAACAGCCAACAGAAGCUUAUAGAUGUUGGUGAACUCGCUGCUCCCUCCAUGAGCGAUUUCCUGUGGGGUCUGGAGAACUCUGGGUGGCUAAAACAUAUCAAAGCUGUGCUGGAUGCUGGAGUCUUCAUUGCAAAGGCAGUGGCAGAGGAGGGAGUGAGUGUUUUGGUGCACUGUUCAGACGGGUGGGACAGAACAGCUCAGGCCUGCUCGGUGGCUAGUGUGCUACUGGAUCCAUACUACAGAACUAUCAAAGGACUGAUGGUCCUGAUUGAGAAGGACUGGGUGUCAUUUGGACACAAGUUUUCCCACAGGUAUGCUCACCUUGAUGGUGACCCUAAGGAGGUUUCUCCAGUCAUGGACCAGUUUCUGGAGUGCAUGUGGCAGUUGAUGCAGCAGUUCCCCUGUGCUUUUGAGUUCAAUGAGCGAUUCCUCAUACAGCUACACACACAUAUCUACUCCUGCCAGUAUGGGAACUUCAUUGGAAAUUGCCAGAAAGAGAGGAGAGAUUUGAGGUUACAAGAGCGAACACACUCUUUGUGGCCGCACCUGUGGGAGAACAGGGCUGAAUACACCAACCCUCUAUACAGGACAGACCACAGUCAGACACAGGGUGUUCUGAAACCUCUCACCACUGCCUACUGCUUCAAGUUUUGGAAGGGGAUGUACGGCUGUGCAGAGAAAAGUGUGGCCUCAUACCAAUCUUCAGCAGAUUGCCUGAACGCAGUGAGGGAGGAGUCACAACAAUUGGAGGAGGAGCUUAGCGCCCACCAGGAGAGACUUGCCCAACUGGAGGAAAGGAAAACUUCAGGGGAGAGGAAGAAGACCAACAAGUUGUCUGAACAUGUCCGACGUCCAAUUCCAACCGAGAGCGAACUCAGCAGCCCUCAAGACUACUUCACUACCCCAAGAAGCGAGAAGAACACUCCUUCCUUCACACUGCAGCUACAGUUAGCAACCCCGCACAAGAACGGUGACCCUGAUGACCUUUCAACCGGCAGUGAUUUCGAGUCCGGUGUGGCUGACCUCAGCAGCUACUCCUCUAGUGGUGGAGACGACACUAAGGACCCUGAUUCUGACGAGGUGGUCAAAGCAAACGCCUGAAGUAAAACAGAACUGGUGACAAAGCACAGUAACGGGUAUCAAACUGGGAACUGCUGUGUUUUUAAUGUUAUUUUAAUUUUUUUUUAAUCUGUGUGUGAAUUUAUAUUUAAGUAUGUGAACAAGUACACAUAUCAAAGAUGGUCUGGCGAUAAGACUUUAUUUCAUUAUAGUAAAUUUUUAUUUCUUGUAUGGUUUUUUAGGUUUUAGUUUGACUGUAUUUCACUGUCUGAAACUUUAAGCCGUCAUGUCAUUUUUUUGUUUACAUUGUCCAUAGCUAUGUUCAGAACAGCAUAUUACCAUACUACUCAUACUAAUACACAGAACAUAUAUCCGAUAACCCAGAAUUAUUAUGGAAACUUGUUUCAGCCACGCAAUGGGAAAAAAAAUUGUUAAAAGAAAAUUGUGAGACAAACACAUUUAUUACGUUUUUCUUUGUUUGAGAGUUUAGAUCUUGCAAAUUGUUUUGUUUCCACCAUAGAUUUAUCUAACAAUUCUGACUUUUUGUUUUUCGGCAAUUGCAAAUUCGUAUCUCUAAAUUCUUUCUUUAUAUUUUACAAUUAUGACAAAAGAGAUAAAACUCGUUAUUGCUUCUUUUUGUUUUAUCCCAUGGUGGAAACGAGCUUCCGUACCAAAUAUUUACUUAUUUGGCCAAAAUACACACUGCUUAAAAUUCUUUGUCCCACAAAGCAAUAUAUGAAAUGGAAGUAAUCUCUUUUAUCAGGUUUAAAUUUUUUAUAUAUAUUUUGGUUAGGAAAUGUAAUGCAACAGUUUUAUUUGACCAUAUAGCACUGCAUACUGUUAUGCUAGGGCAGCAUAGUGUAUGUUAGAAUUUCGUUCGAUCAUAGCCCAUAUCUUGAUUGAAAUUGGACUGUCCCUAUUAUGACCAUCAGAUUCCCACUUGUGUGUUUAGAAAACCUUAAAUGGAAUGUAAAAACAAGAACUAUAGGCUAUGGAACCAAGAGCUGUAUGGCAUGCACACUACAUUUACUUACUUCCCACUUCUGUAAUUGUAGGCAAACUGACAUAUAGACAAUCAAUCCCUCACACAUUCAUUUGAUUUGCCAUUUCAGCUACAAUAGUAGAUUUAAAACAAUUUGUCUGGAACUUAUGAAUAUCUACAUUUCUAAGGCAAAUGCUCUCAAUAAAGUGUUUGCCAAACAGCAAACAAAAUUACAGCA